GCGUAUCCUUCCAUCGGCACAUGACCAGUCGAGAAUUUCUAUUCGCGCAAUAUGGGCAUCUCCAGCAGCAAGCAAGCGCGGUCGACAACGUCGCCGUCCCUACCUGCAACCCCCCACUUGACGGAGACUCCUCCGGCAACAUCCUCGCACCACGCGCCGUUGAUGAAUGGGGUAUCUGUCGCCGCACGUCGCAACGCCCACCAUCACCAGCAACAGCAACAGCACCGCGCCAUGACGACCGACCACGACCCGGACUGCGAUACGGGCGAAAUGAUCCAAUUGUUCAUGUACAACCGGUGUCCCCGGGCCAUCGUGCAUCAUUACAUUCCGGCCAACUUGCCCAUGAUGCCAAUCUUCACGGAGGCGUACUUGAGCGACUGCAACAACACGUGGAAGUACAUCUUGAGCUCGUCCACGGACCGCAUGAAGGAAUUCAAGAAAUCUGGCAUUGUGUUGUUCUACGACGAGUUCUUCUUUCGACUGUUCCAGCGUGACUCGACGUUCAAGGAAGUGUUCCCUGACAUCCGUCGGCGCGGUGAAAUCCUCAUCAAGGCGCUCACGCUCAUGCUUAAAAGCUGUUCGGACGACAACGCCCGAUUGGUCAACAAAAUCCGGUACCUUGGCCAUCGGCACCGGUUUUUCCCAAAAAUCCGCGCGUUCCAGUUUGCCACGUACACGAGCACGAUGAUCGAAGUGCUCAUGUACUGGCUCGGGGAACUCGCGACGCCAGACGUGGCCGAGGCGUGGAGUAACGUCGUGUGCUUCUUCAUGAAGCACAUGCUCGAGUCCUUCCUCACAGACCGCGUGGAUCCUUUUGAGAGCUACCAGAACACGGUCAUCGAGCACGCGCGUGCUCUGAGCGAACUGGACGAGGACGACAAGAAAGGAGGAGGGCCCAGUGCCAUCGGGAGCAAUGGCUCUCGCGGCAGCCGUGCCUCCAGGGCCUCUGUUCAAAGAUAAUGUAAUCCAUGUAUCCCUCUUUACACACCGGUACACACAAUAAUGCAAUGCUAUUAAUAUCAAAAGACUCCAAUAAUGCCAA